ACGAUAGCGAACUGGCAACGGACAGACACGUGUGCGCGUAUCGCGGAAUGUAAAACUGAUGGUCAGUGAGCGCUGUGUUUUCUCUAGUAAAUCGUCUCCGGAAAGGGGUCAUAAAGUUAAUUCUAUAUACCUUCGCUCACAGGCGUUGCUGGAAAAACGCAAAAUGCUGAAUAAAAUAAGUUUGCGUGCAGUGCCAUGAAUGAGAAGAAAAUUAUGAAUCGUGGAAGCGUUAAUCAGCUGCAGUGAAUAUAGUUCCGCUGUCAGAAAUGCUAGUUUGUGGGGUUUAAUGUGCUUCUCUACUCGAAAAGCUGUGGCGACGAUACGAAACAAAACAUUGCAUGUUUUUAAGGGAUUUGCAGUUUUUAUGAUGAGGUGAUUUCCCAUUGGAACUUCGACUCAAUUUUCUCGAAAAGACACGAAUAAGCUAAAUAGCAAUUCAUCGGCGAGAUGAGUGGCCUCUCAGCAGCACCAACAGAAUCCUCGCAAACGAAGAGAAAUGCAACGAUUCCAUUUGAGUCGACCUUCAGGAAAACCGGUCCGUGGUGGUGCCCAAUGUGAAAACGAAUAAGGAACCGCGCUAGAAAGAUUCAAAACAAAAAAUUGUAGUGAAAUGCGCAAAGAAGAGCUUACAUAAAACGAUUGUGAAAAGCGAAGCAAAAAAAAAUGAAAUCCAUGCAUAACGUUCGCAGUCAUUUGAAUUAUGAAACUCUCUGUACGGUUGCCGAGACACCAAUGUCGAGGGUGUCCUGGGAGUACUCAUGGCACUGGAUGAAUUGAAUGGCGGGAUUUUGCAGUGUUGUUUACGCUUAUUAGUGCAUGUACAAUUAAUUGGGAAUAAAGCCGACUGGAAAAAAAAUCCAGCUGCGCAAGUACGUGAGUGAAAUUAAUGAAAAGAAACUUGUGAAUUAAAUUGAAAGUUAAAAAAAAAGCGGCGGAGAGAUUAAAACACAUCGACCCUUCUCGCAUGCGAAAUGUUGUCUCGGCGCAAAAUUGUCAGCGAAACCCGGCGUGCAAUCUAAAUGGAACUAUGCAGUGCUACUUCACUAUGAACACGAGGCUCAGACUAAUUGCAUUGUUGAUUAACUUCUUCGUCAUCGCAGUGGCAGACACACUCAACCCCGAUCUCCAAAUGUACUGGGAAAACAACAUGAUGCAACCAUACUUUGACAAUACAACCAAACGCGACAUAACGGCAAUAUCAGGACAAACCAGCCAGCUGCACUGUCGGGUCAAAAGCUUAGGUGACCGGGCGGUAUCCUGGAUACGAAAACGAGAUUUACAUAUCCUCACAGUUGGGAUACUGACGUAUACCAACGAUCAGCGUUUCCAGUCCCUGCACAGCGAUGGGGGUGACGAGUGGACACUGAGAAUAACAUCACCCCAGCAACGAGACUCUGGCGUCUACGAGUGCCAGGUUUCGACAGAGCCUAAAAUUAGCCAGGCUUUUCAUUUGAACGUAGUUGUCUCGAAAGCCAAAAUACUAGGAAAUGCUGAAAUAUUUGUGAAGAGUGGGAGCGACAUAAAUUUGACCUGUGUUGCCCUGCAAUCGCCCCAGCCGCCAUCCUUCAUCUAUUGGUACAAGGGAGGCCGGGUGAUCAAUUAUUCACAGCGGGGCGGCAUCAGUGUCCUGACCGAGCAACAAACUCGAACCAGUCGGUUACUGAUUUCACGUGCCUCCCCUUCGGACUCCGGAAACUACACUUGUUCCCCGAGUAAUUCCGAUUCUGCCAGUGUGGUUGUGCAUGUUAUCAAAGGGGAACAUCCGGCUGCUAUGCAACAUGGUGUUAACAACGCCGGCUCCAAAUGUGCAUCUAAACACAUGAUGAUCGUUCACGCGUUCGUCAUAGCGCUAUGUUUUCAAGUGCUGGUCAGCGUGCUCCCUAAUAGAUAAGGCCCAACGAAGGAACGAUUCGAAAUGCCCGUCGAUUUUUCGUUUUUGAACUGAACAUCAACACCACCUAACAACAUCCAUCUUCAAAAAUGUUUAGAAACACCACGGACAAACAAACUAACCAUCAGUAGCAAUAGAAGUUCUACGUACCAGUCAAUAAAACAGAAACAUUACAUACAACAUACAUGAAUACGUUCAGCAUAUAGGCGCAGAAGCAAGGAACAGUGUGACAACGGAGAAGACGAUGCCAUUCCUCUCGGUUUGAAACUUCGAGAAAAUAACCCCUAGACAAAUCCCAUCUGUGCUACAAACACGCAAGUUGUGUCCGCUGGCUGAAAUCUUCGGUUUUUCUUCGCGGAGUCGUUCGGAAAAAAAAGCGUCAACAAUAUUUGCCCCCCAGCUCAGCUCCCUCCUUGAAAGCAUAAGUCGGUGAGAUUUUCCUCACAUCUAUCGGAAUUGAGAGCGUCGAUGGUGACCGAGAUGCCGAGCACAGAGGCAAAGAAAUCAGCGAAGACAAAUGCUGAUGGCAACAGGAGAAUGAGAGACGCGAUAUUGCUGUAGAGGACCAGCCAAAAAAAAACAACAACAUUCGUACGGUAGAAAUAAGGUGGAAAAGUCAUGACAACGGCAUAUAAAAGCACAAACUUAUAUCGAAGGGGCGGAUGGCUGAACGAUCUUGGAUACUCCCAGGGGAUGUUCAGAAAAUCUCAAUUUCGGGGAAGUUUCUUGAUUGUUUAUUGAUCUGUCUGGAUUACGUUUAAGAAUUAAUGCACGACAGAUAAUUCCGUUUUUCCGACGAAUUGACUCCUUUGUCUCCAAUGUUCGCUUUCUCGGCGGAUACGCUUCAUAAAUACAAACUGCUGUAUUGACACGGUCCCAAAUCCAGGAAUGUUUGCUGUAUAGAGGAAUCCGAAGAUUAAAAAACUUGAUGACAUUUUUUAUUUAAUUCUGGAUCGGGAGUGCCACAAUGUAUCAUCGAACAAAUCAAACGUUAGUGCUUUUGAUUUUCACUCUGAGUCAUGCAUGUAGACUCAGUAUUUUGCAAAAUUUGCAAUGUAUCGACAAAAUAACUCAAAUAUUGGAAUCUAAGUAUUCAAUCGAGAGAACCGUGGAUGAAUUUCGAACUCAAACCAUUCCAAAACAUUCUCAACAAAACAAACGACUGGGUCAACGAACGGGCGGAAUAGAAGAACGAAUUUUGAUCUUUUCUCGCCGGGAAUGUUUAUGUAAAGUUUCAUCUAAAUUGAGCCGGGUUUGGUGAUUGGAAUUGUUCGGUCCCAAUAUCGAAUUCCCGCUUCCACUGGCCUACGCCCUAUUUUCAAUGCAAUGUUUACUAUAUAUCUCGGCGAAGUUCAUCAAAACAAGCUAAACAAGUUUAAGGUAUUUGUGGGGGAAAAACAACCUCCCCCCCCCCCCAUGAACCAGCAUCCCGGCCGUUAGUCAUCUGGCCCAGAAUCAUUGCUAUCAGCCCCAGCCUGUAUGGAAGAGAAACACCGGCAUGGAAAUGUUUAACUGGGAUCGAUAAAUUUGAAUCAAUGUGCAGCAUUAUUUAUAUUACAUCGACGAAACGAAUUCACGGGGGAAGGUACCCCAAAAAAUGUGUACAUACAAUGAUGUUCAAUUUCACAUGAACUUAGGAUAGUAACGGGGAGACGGUGGCGAAGCUUCUGCUUGCUUCUACUUCAUAAAUAUUUAAGUUAUUUGGGCAUUAAGACCGGAUGAAAUAUGUGGUUCGAAAAGAGACUUUGGAGGAAUUUUUCGUUAUUUUGAGAUUUAAUAUUAGUUUGCUCAUGGUGGAUUGGUCGUACAUUUUGAAAUGUUGAGAAUACGCGGAAUCUGUUCUACACUCUCUAAUAAAUUGAUUCAUUCCAAAGGCGUGUAUGUAAAAACGUGUAAAAAUUAUAAUUACGUAAUGUGUAAUCCAAAGGAAUUAAGUUGAAAUAUCAUUAUAUUAGUCAAUAGUUUAUAGAUAAUGAGAAAGUUUUUAACUUCACUCUGUCAAGUGAACUUCUUCGAGGUAAAACCGUUCAGGAGAUGGAAUGCUUAUUGGGACUGUCUUUUCACUAGAUGAAAAUAUGUAUAAAAUCUGCAACAAGAAAAUUCUAGCAAAAGAAUCUCAGCUAUAGCGAGAGUGGGUGGAUGAAGAAUCUAAUGAAAUAAAGAAGAGAUGGAAAAUGUAUA